AUGGGGAACCUCCUGAAUGGGGUCAGCUUCAAGGAACCCACCACUGUGGAGGACUGUGACUCCACCUGGGAGACAGACUCUGGGGGAGAAGAAGAGCAGGGGGAUGAAGAUGAGGAAGCCGAGAAGGAUGGCGAAGACAGCGGAGCAGAAGAACAGGGAUCAGAGGUUACAGACGGCAGCCAGAAUGACAGCAAUGCAUUGGAACAAAACAUAAAACCAAAGAGAAGCUUUUAUGCAGCAAGAGAUUUGUACAAGUAUCGACACCAAUACCCACAGAAUUUUAAAGAUCUACGUUGUCAAAAUGACUUGUGCAAUCUCAGAUUUUACAUGAACAAGAUUCCUUUUAAGCCUGAUGGAGUAUAUAUUGAAGACAUUCUAAACAAAUGGAAAUCAGACUAUGAUAAAUUGGAACAUAAUCAUACAUAUAUACAAUGGCUCUUUCCUCUAAGAGAGCAAGGUUUAAAUUUCUACGCCAAGGAACUCACCUCAUACGAAAUUGAGGAAUUUAAAAAAACAAAGGAAGCAACCAAAAGAUUCAUUAUGGCAUACAAGAUAAUGCUGGAUUUUUUUGGGUUGAAGUUGGUAGACAAGAUUGGAAAUGUUUCCCGAGCUGCAAACUGGCAAGACCGAUUUCAGCAUUUAAAUGAAUCUCAGCACAACUACUUGAGAAUCACACGAAUAUUGAAAAGUCUUGGAGAACUUGGAUAUGAACAUUUCAAGCCUCCCUUAGUAAAAGUCUUUUUACAGGAGUCCAUUGUUGAAAACACAAUCCCAAAUAUGAAACAGAGUGCUCUGGAAUAUUUUGUUUAUACUAUAAAGAUAAGGAGAGAAAGAAGAAGACUUUUACGGUAUGCCUGCCUUUAUUACCAGCCUCCUGAGCACUUUAUUUGGGGACCCCCAACAAAACAAAAAGCUCAGCAAUGUAAAUCAGUUAAAACGACCACAACUUCAAAUAGAUCAUUGAAAAAAACAGUCACAAAAAUCUAAGGAUGCUAAGACAGAUCAAGAAUAUGAAACAGCAAGAAUCAAUUGUUUUGAGGAAAAGUUACCAGGAACUGCUCAACUAGAAGAGACCAAGCAGGAAACUGUAGAUGGUCAUCCCUCAGAUGAAUCAGUGGAGGACAAAAUGGCAACUGAAACUGCCAGUGCCAAAACAGAAAAGUCUGAACUGAAAAAUUUGCCCACAUACAUAGAUAACACAACAAAUUCUUCUCUUCUUGUAAAUGAAUUAUUGGAUCAAAAUACAGAAGAUCUCAGCAAUGAAAGCAAUACAGACAGCAUAUUAAUAGUUGACAUCAUUGAUGAAGGUAGUAAAGAUUGCUUGUGCAACUUGUCACCUAGCACAACUGCAACUCCCGAAAGCAUCACACCUUCAGAAAAUGAACUUGAAAAGGAAGACAAAGCCAAAUGA